GAGUGUUCCGCCAAGUGCUACAACAUGUUCAUCAUAGAGACGGUGUGUGUGGCCUGGUUUUCCCUGGAGUUCGUCCUGCGCUUCAUUCAGGCCCGCAGCAAGCUGGACUUCCUCCGAGGGCCACUCAACAUCAUUGACGCCAUGGCCAUCCUUCCCUACUACGUCUCCCUGGUGGUGAGUGAGGAAGACCCGAACCUGGAGCACGAGCGGCCAGGAGGAGGUAAGGGCUACUUAGACAAGUUGGGCCUGGUGUUGAGGAUCCUGCGGGCACUGAGGAUCCUCUACGUAAUGCGCUUGGCCCGUCACUCCCUCGGCCUGCAGACGCUCGGGCUGACGGUCAGGCGAAGCACCCGGGAGUUCGGCCUCCUCCUGCUUUUCCUCUGCGUUGCCGUCACUCUCUUUUCCCCGCUGGUCCACUUGGCCGAGAGCGAGCUCACGGGCACCCAUGACUUCAGCAGCAUCCCUGCCUCCUACUGGUGGGCUAUUAUCUCCAUGACAACCGUAGGCUAUGGCGACAUGGUACCGAAGUCCAUUCCAGGGCAGGUUGUAGCGAUGAGCAGCAUCCUCAGUGGAAUCCUCAUCAUGGCCUUUCCUGCUACCUCCAUUUUCCACAUGUUCUCUCGCUCCUACCAAGAGCUCAAGAUGGAGCAUGACCGAUUGUUCAAGGAAGAGUGUGCGGCUGCCGCAGCUGCUGCCGCCUCCGGGGAUCUGCCAGAGGCGGUGGGGGGAGGGGUUGGGGACUCAGCUCCACUUGGUCUGGGAUUACAUCUAGACAAGCAGACUGUGCACUCACUGGAGUCGCUGGCUCUGCUGGGAAAAGGUGGAGAAGCUGCAGGAAAUAACAACCACAGCCUUCCAGCAGCUGCUUUCUGAGCAGCACUCGCACUGACUGACUGAAUCCAAAGCUUCCAAGAACAUCCGCAUCCCUUAAUCUCUAUCUUAUAUACUGUCAAACUACUGCAAAUGACUAUUGCUCCAAAUGCCUCGGUCCCCGCGUGGCUAUGAAGCAUCUGUGUUGCAUGGAUAAGAGGAGAUUAAACAUACAGCAUUUCCUUUGCCCUUCCUCUGAUGAUAGGGAGUACUAGUGCACACACCGCUGACUGCACAAGACUGAAAGACAUAAAACCCUUUAAGUUGGAUGGUUCAGUCUGUCCGACCAGAAAGCCUCCGCAGCAAUAUUAUAAACUGGUUGCUUCCAUAAACAUGCAAUAGUCAGUCCAAAGUUGCUUUUCCUUCCACUGUGAAAAUACCUAAAAGCCCAACUGCAACGUUCAGUUUUAGUCAUAUUACUUUUUAAUAUGUUGCCUGCAGUAUGGCCUGAAAAUGUGUCUCUACUGUAUAUUCUACUUUUCUGCCAUGAAGUCUCUGGUUAUUCUUUGGGACGCUUGAAACCAUGUUCCGAGAAGAAAUAUUAACAAACCGACAGCUUUGGCUCUUAAAGACAUAUAUCCAUUGCUCCUUUAUGUAUCUCCUGUGUGAUGGGACUCUCUGUUGUGAACUCCUGGUAAACUGAGCGAGGAUGCUGCAGAUGUUGUGAUCCAAACUUUUUUUUUUUAAAUCAUCUGAAGAGGAAAUGAAGAGAGCAUUGAGGGUGUGUGAGUGAGAGAGAAUGAGCGCUGACAACCAUGAA